UAUACAUCGUUUGGACCUUAUAUGAGCAUGUCAAGAAAGCCUUUGACAGCUUUCGUUUGACAAGAGCAAAAGUCAUCACGACCAUGAGUUAUGUCCAAAAUCCCGACACUGCCCACUAUGUUGUCAAUGGCACCAAUGGCGUAAAGCGCCGACGAGGGUCGACAGUUCUUAAUCCGAGAUCGCAUGUCAAGCAGGAGCUUUGGAAGCAGGCGCCGAUACUCAUCGGUAGUACUAACUUCGAACCUCUCCCUGACGCGAAGAACAUUUUGGUUACAGGUGGAGCCGGCUUCAUAGCUUGCUGGUUCGUGCGGCAUGUGGUCCUUACAUACCCACACUACAAUGUCGUCUCCUUUGACAAGCUAGACUACUGCGCCACGCUCAACAACACGCGAAUUCUCGACGACCGACCAAAUUUCGCAUUCGAACAAGGUGACAUCACAUCGCCCGCAGAUGUCAAGCGUGUACUGCGCAAACACAAGAUCGAAACCAUCUUCCACUUCGCAGCACAAUCGCACGUCGACCUCAGCUUUGGCAAUUCGUACGAGUUCACAAACACGAAUGUUUACGGCACACACGUCUUGCUCGAGCGAGCGAGGGAACAUGGUGUCACCAGGUUUAUACACAUCUCCACGGACGAGGUGUAUGGCGACGUUCCAAUUGGAGCUGCAGAUCUGGGCGAGACGAGCAUACUGGCGCCCACGAAUCCUUACUCGGCGAGCAAGGCUGCAGCGGAGAUGAUGGUCAGCGCGUACAGGAGCAGCUUCAAGCUGCCACUGAUCACUGUCCGGGCGAACAAUGUGUAUGGGCCGCAUCAGUUCCCUGAGAAGAUCAUCCCAAAGUUUAUCAUGCUACUACAACGGAAACAGAAGCUCCUUCUGCACGGUGAUGGAUCACCCACACGACGCUACCUCUACGCGGGUGACAUAGUGGAUGCACUAGACACUAUAUUGCACAAGGGCCAGGUUGGUCAGAUCUACAAUAUCGCGUCAAAGGACGAGAUUUCGAAUUCGGAAAUUUGUAGCAGGCUGCUAAAUGUCUUCGGGAUCCCCCACGGCUCUUCUGCUGAGGUUUCCAAAUGGGUAGAGUACACAGAGGAUCGACCAUUUAAUGAUCAACGCUAUGCGACAGAUGGAUCAAAGCUCACCGCAUUGGGGUGGGAACCCAAGACCAGUUUCGACGAAGGUUUGAAAGUUACAGUAGACUGGUAUCGGCGGUUUGGCGAGGUAUGGUGGGGGGACAUCAGCAGGGUUUUGACGUCGUUCCCUGUGGUAGCAGGAAAUGAGAUAUGGACGAAAGAGGAACAUGAAGACCUGCCAUCCUCUGAUGGUGAAGUCAUGCAUGAAGAAGACAGCGCAAUCUGGACAACGUAGCGUUACUAACACUUCGCAGUGGACAACAACUUGCUCCUCGUUGGUGUGAAACGCUUGUCGCACUUUGUAUAUAUCACGACGUUGAUACAGGAUGUAGAAAAAUGAUACCCAGAUUCAGCAUAGUGAAGUGAACU